GUGUGUGUUUGUAAGUUCAGGGAGAAGCCUGAGCUUGAAACAGUGAAACAUUUGGUUCCUCUUCUUUAGGUGCAGUCACCUUCUCUAUAUUUUAAGAUCCAACUGAGAGAAAAAUACCGUAAAAAGAUCUCCUGAAAGAUGGACGAUAUAGAUGAAAUGUUCAGCAAUUUGCUGGGAGAAAUGGACCUUCUAACACAGAGUUUAGAAAUAGAAUCCCUACCACCUCCCACUCGCAGUGAGUCAACAACAGAGAUCAACUUCUCCGUUGGCUUUAAGGAUUUGAAUGAGUCGCUCAAUGCACUGGAAGACAAUGACCUGGAUGCGCUGAUGGCCGAACUAGUGGCCGAUAUCACUGACACUGAACAGUAUGUUGCCACUUACAAUAACAAAAGCACUGCACCAUUUCCUCCUCCUGCAGACGCCAGCAACAGCUAUCAUUUUCAACCACCCCCUAUGCCUAGCAUAGUAGCAUUAGACCUUUCUCUUCCACCACCCCCUCCAGAAUUUGAGCCACAUUAUCCUCCUCCACCUCCUGAUCCUCCUACGGAGCCAAAAACACAGGAGGAACUGGAGUCCAAGGCAAAAGCUGAUAAAAUUACACUUGCCCUGAGCAAAAUGAAGGAAGCCAAAGUUAAAAAACGGAUUGUUAAGAUCCAUAUGACUGACAGCAGCACCAAAACCCUGAUGGUGGAUGAGCAUCAGACAGUGAGAGAAGUGCUGGAUAAUAUGUUUGAGAAAACCCACUGUGACUGCAGCAUUGAGUGGUGCUUAUUUGAAGUCAUCCCUGAGCUGCAGAUAGAAAGAUUCUUCGAAGACCAUGAAAACGUUGUUGAAAUUUUAGCGGAUUGGACAAGAGACAGCGAAAAUACGAUUCAUUUUUUGCAGAAGAAUGAGAAAUAUGCAGUGUUUAAGAACCCCCAGAAUUUCUACAUGGCAAGAAAAGGAAGUGCGGAUAUUAAGGAUAUGAAUGAGAAAAACAAGGUUUCCCUGUUGGAGCAAAGUUUUUGCGGAGCCUCUGUUAUUGUGCCGGAGCUUGAAGCAGCCCUUUAUUUGAAGGAAGAUGGCAAGAAGUCCUGGAAAAAACGAUACUUUCUUCUUCGGGCUUCUGGAAUUUAUUACGUCCCCAAAGGAAAAACUAAGACAUCCCGUGACCUGGCAUGCUUUGUGCAGUUCGACAAUGUGAAUGUUUAUUAUGGCACGCAGUACAGGAUGAAAUAUAAAGCCCCCACUGAUCACUGCUUUGUCCUGAAGCAUCCACAAAUACAGAAGGAAUCGCAGUAUAUUAAAUACUUGUGCUGCGAGGAGCCCUGGCUUCUUCAUCAGUGGGUUACUGGCAUUAGAAUAGCCAAGUAUGGGAAGAUUCUUUAUGACAACUACAAAACCGCAGUACAGAGAGGAGGGCUGGCGUCCCAUUGGUCAACUCUUGGCAGUUCCUCGGUUUCAACAGCCGCAGGUUCAAGCCAAGGCAAUGGUCAGAUCUGCCAGAAUGCAACCACUAUCAGUUCCAGCUUUUCUGAUGCCUGGAAGCGUGGGGAGCAGGAUAAAAAACUGAUUGAGGUUAACAAACCUGAAACAAAAAGUGCCACGCCCACAGUGACCAAACAGCCACCCCCAACACCUAAAAGGGCAUCAUCCAUCAGCCAUGUGACAGCUAACCUGGCUAUUCCACCUAAACCAAAGGCUAUAAAUACUGAUAUCAUGCCAGAACCACCACAGUUUCCACCACCAGAACCACUUCAACCUGCUGAUGAAUUUUUGCCACCACCCCCACCUGACUUUUUUGAUGCUCCACCUGAUUUCUUGCCACCACCUCCCCCGAGCUUUAUGUUUAAUGUUGGAAAUCCUCCACCCCCACCAGUUAAUCAAUUACAAGGUUCUAAUGCACCAGCCCCACCACCACCUCCUCCACCACCACCAGCACCUGCAGCCAAUGUACCACCACUGCCUGUGAAAAAACAUCCUCCUAAUCCUCCCAAAAGACAAAGCAAUGCGGGACCUACGCCUGGAACAAAUGCACACGCAGGGACAGGUGGUCAACCAGAUUUUAUGUCUGAUUUGAUGAAGGCCCUGCAGAAGAAGAAAGAGACUACAACCUAGAACUUAGGAAACCUAGAACACAGAAAAGACUUAAGUACCUACUAAAUUAUAGCAUAUCUGAGUUUAAAGAUACUAGAUGCAAACCCUGAUACACCUUGUUACGUUGAAUAUCGCAAACUAUGGCGGUAGAUUUACAUUUUGUAUCUCUUCUCGUUUAGUUUUAUUUACAGAAAUAUAAAUGGGAUGCAGGCAGGAUAGGUCUGAAGUAUUUGAUUGUCAAACAGUAAUCCUAGUCUUGCACAUAAAUAGCUCAAUUGUUCUGGAAAUGGUCAUAUGAAAGCAGCGCUAUCUAUAGUUUUACUAUUACCCUAUUUAGAGGUUUGUUGCAUACUAUGAUUCAGAACUGAAGAUUUACCAAUAUGAUGUAUUAUAUAAUGUUUGAUAAGCAAGAUCCUACUCUCAAAGGUCAUUGCCUGUACAGAGAAACACCAUAAAACUAUAGCAGUAUU